AUGGCACUCUACGGUAUCGAUGGUGAGUACGCUGGCUGGGUGUAUAAGCAGGGCUCUCUUGUAAAGAACUGGAAGAAACGCUUCAUGGUAUUGCGUGGACGACAGCUAACCUAUUAUGAUACGGCAAAGGUGACUCCAAUGGUCAAGGCCAAGGGAAGCUUCCAGGUCAUCACAGUGGAGCUGAGUACUGAUAUUCAGAAUGGGCUGCUAGUGCACGGCCGUGGCGGCCGCGUGCUCAAACUCUACACGGCGUCGGCUGAGGCCACUAGCACUUGGUACAAUAUGAUCCUGGACGCUACCACAGUAGCUCCCCAACAGUUCUUAGCGGCGUCUUCCGACCGGUUUUCGACGCUGUCGUCCAGUAACACGCUCGCACCGGUGAACAGUAUGGGCCUAGACGACGAAAUGACGCUACUGAACCGACUGGAGUCUCUGCCUCUAAGUGAAGGCGGAAAUGAGCAGGUAACACACUCGGGCUGGCUUAAGAAAGAAGGCGCAUGUAUCAAGAACUGGAAACGACGCUACUUUGUGCUGCGUGGAAAUGCGCUGUCGUACUUUGAUUCAGAAGACAUGGGAGCAACGGCCAAGGGAAACGGCCACGUGCGAGCUGUCGAGGUGAACGGUACACUGGCAAAGGGCCUGGAUAUCACGUUCGACAAUGAACGAGUGCUGCGUGUCGUAGCGAGAACUAGUGCGGAGAUGGAAGUCUGGCUGUGCAAGCUGAGCGACGCCAUUGAGGCGGCUAACGCGGAGCAGAACAAUGUGCGGCAAUCGAUAGCAGCACGUAAUUCCCUCCGGUCGUUGUCAAAAUCUGAUGGACCGUCACCGACAAGGACGAAGCAGCAGCAGCAGAGGAUGCAGCAUUAUGGCAACACAGGAAUUCCUAAGCGGUAUUCACUAGCAACUGUGCCGUCGAAUCCGAUGGGAAUAGUGGCCGAAGUACCCGGAAUGCCAACGCGACGCGCCAUGUACGAGAAACGGUCGUCAUCGUCAUUGGAUGACUCGUGCAUCUCCACGGGCAUGUCGUCACUCUUCUCGGCGUCCAGCUCAUACAAUCACUCGAGCUCUUUUCCCGAUGAAACUAUUCCACUGGCAAGACCGAUCGUGCACAUGAAUGGCGCUUCCGACCCACAGUCCUCAUCAGGCUCCACAUUAUUCGACAGCGACGACGAAUAUGACAGUGACGAGAGCGAAGGCGACUGGAUUUAG